GUAUAGCCAGCGCAUUCGAUCGAGUAUAGUCAAGUGAAUUACAUAUUGACAUCGUUGCGUAACUUAUGUUGAGAACAUUUCGCAUCCGUGGCGUUUGGUCUAUGUGCCAAACGACACGUUCAUACACGCAGAAGACGAGCAACGAGACAGAGGCAAGCAUGGAAAGCAUCAAGAAAAAGAUGGAGAAAAUUCCACGUAUCAAGCCACUAGGCCAACCACCCAAAGUUUGGGAACAAAUCGAAAAGAAAACUAAAGAUGGGAAAUCAUUGAAAUUCACGAUUCAAGAAAUUCCCGAGGAUAGGCAUGAGGAUGCGCUUCAACAUAUGUGCACCUACUUCCUGGCUGAGGAACCGACUUGCAAGUGUCACAAUUCUAAAAACGAUCCUGCAUUUGUAAAAGAUAUGAGCACGGUAUGGCGUAUGAUAUUUGCGGAAGGCAUAGCUGUAGCAGCCUUCACUGAUAAUCCCGAUGGCGGGAAACCUAUAAUCGCUGGUAUGAAUGCUCUGGGAAUUAGUUUCAAAGAUCAUGAUAUUCUCGCAGAUUUCCCAUUUACCUCACAGAAUUGCAAAAAUACAUUCGACAUCAUGUCCGAUGCAACCAAACUAGCAUAUGAUCACUAUAAAACAGACAAAUAUUUAGCUGCUAUUGGACUCAGCGUAGCACCUAAAUAUCGAGGAUAUGGAUUAGGAACACAUAUUUUAAAAAUCAGGGAACAUGUUGGCCGCGAGUACAAAAUCCCAGCAACGGUCACAGUGUUCACAUCAAUAUUUUCGCAAAACAAUGCGGCGAAGGCGGGAUUUGAGGAGCUGACGGAGAGAAAGUUUGUCGAUCUAGUGGACAAAAAUGGAAAAGAAUAUUUCCCUGGAAUUGAAUCAAAAACAUUCAAGAUUAUGGGAAGGAAACUUCCUUAAUGCGUCUUCAUGCAUGCAGCAAUGCAUAAGAAUCACACGUAUCGUGUAAUCAUCCAAUCUGGAGCAAUUCUUAUAUUUUUUACUGUAAACUGUUAAACGUUUAUAUGUCCUAUUAUACUAUAUGCUGAAUGAUAAUAUACACCAAAUAAUAACACGAGCAAUCCUUUUCGAAAUUUUAUGAGUAUAAUAUCGAGCGUAUCAGGAUCAGUUUUUUAUUGACUUUAUUGAUUAUUAUCUCGCAUUGAAAUGCGAGAGUGCAUACUUUCGUUCUAAUAAAGAACAGCGUGCGAAGCAUUCGGAAUAUGUGGUUGUUACAAAAUUUCAAUGACAUACCUCCGUGCGUAAAAUGCGGGCUAUACAUGGUUGUUACGCUGCCACGGCGUCGGAACAUGCUUCGAAAUUUGUGAUAAUACCAUGUCAGUGUCGCAUGGUUAAAAUUUUAUGGUCGCUGCCUGCGGACGACGUACUGAAUUUUGAAAGGAAAGGAGAUCUAAUCUGGAAACCUGUAUGGCAUAUGGUCCCCUUGGAAGUAAUCAAUAUCGGAUCAUUAAUUGCAUUAAAUUUAUUGCAAGGAAAAUCACAAUUGAAUCAUUGUCAGUGAACAUUCUCUGCAUCAUGUUAAUCACAUGUAAAAAUAAUUGUGCAUUUAUAUAAUAACUUGUUUAGAAAAUAACUGGGAUAUAUAAAGUAAAAGAUAGCUAUGAUUUUAGUUUCUAAAUUAUAACUUUUUGAAUAUUUUCCAAUGAUUUCUUUUUUCCAAAUGUGUUUAAGUGCUAUCUGUUUUAUUAUACAAUAGAUUACAAAGCAAAAGGUACGCACACGAAAAUAAUGAAUAACUGCACUAUUGUAAUAAAAGCAAUGGUCAAGUGACAUUUUAUCACAUUGCACUUGAUUGCUUAACGAAUUGCGACUGACGCAUAGAUUCGCUGAACUAAAAGCAUGUGAGGUUCAUCAAACAAUGAAACAGUUAUAAAGUGGAAUAUGGACCCCAAUCGAUAUUCCAUUGAAGUUAUAUCGAGAACUUUGUGCAAAAUUUAGUAAUGCUAUAGUCGCAUGAGAUCGAGGAAAAAAUCAGUUUGCUUUGUAUUGCGACUUGAUAUUAAAUCGGCCAAUCAAUUUCGAAACUGUUAAAUAAGUGCAAUCACGAAAGGUCAAUUAUGAUUUUCCAUUAUCUUCUAUUUUAUUUUUUGAAAUUGGAUAUAGGAUCAAGUAUUAGUUUCGCUCGUUGCGCUGGACAAUAAUUAGCAACUGUAAAUGUAGUAGCAAAUUAUGAAAUGUAUUGGAUUCGUAUUAUGCUGAUCCAAAUUGCAAAAGCAAUGCUUUAUGUAUAUUUAAGCAUUUGUUCCGGGAAUACUGAACUCAAAUAGGUCGCAAGAAUUAUCGUUGGUAAUCCGCAAAGUUAAUUAACGCUCAAUGAGAUGACAUGAGAUUUCACGAUACCGAAUACGAUUGAAAUUGAUUACAACGGAUCGAAAUUGACCGCAAUUAAAGCAAACCGAUCGGAAUUGAGGAAAUAACGACAAGCUCAAUAAAAUCCAACCACUUGUUGGAGCAACAAGUAUAUAUUUAUUCAGGAUUGGUAAAUAUGCUGAUACAAGUGUAUUUAAUAAUCUUCGCUAAAUACUUUCAUCAGAUUACAAAUGCGACAAAUGCAUGUUUCAUUUUAAGAUUUUAGAUAAGAUGAGCUUCAGGUUUAUACAUCAAGAUACAGAAUUUCUGAUUUUCUAAAUAUCUUUUUCUUUUUUUCCUAUACACAUUUACCUGUUUUUUAUGUUUUUUGUUUUACUAUUGCCAUUUAACAAUCAACUAUAUCAAUUGUAUCAUUUUGAAUAAAAAA